CAAACAACCAUCCCACAACAGGAGUUAGACCUUGUGGAGUAUAUAAAGCAGCUUACUACGCGUCAUAUACCUUCUAAUAGACGUAUGGUACGCAACUUUGCUUCAUCGGUUGCCCAGAACCCUUGCUCUGAUACCUGGAUUACACGCUUCCUCCACCGUCACCGCAACCAGCUUACCUCUCAAUGGACGACGGGAAUGGAUUCUAAUUGCCACAACGCUGAGUCAGGGUAUAAGUACAAGCUGUACUUUGACCUGCUGCAGCAGAAGGUUGCUGAAUAUGAGAUUGAGCCAGAGCAUAUGUACAAUAUGGAUGAGAAGGGCGAAGUACUAGGCACCGUA